AGUAAAUACUUUGCCCCAACUCUCUGCUUUUCUAACCAACACACAUUACCACACUUUGAAUUCCUUUUUGUUCACUCCAAAUGUUGAAAACCUACUGCUUCUUCUUGCUAAAACAAUGCAGCACAAAGAACCACCACCACCACCACCACCCCUAACAUCCAUGGCCAUAGAUGAUAAUGAUGUUGUUGUUGGUGUGAGAAGCAAUGUUAAAGUUAUUCAAAGUGUUAGAACAAAAUUAAGAUGGCCUUUUGAUGGGGUUGUUAGAUUUUUGGGUCUUGCUUUUACUUUAAUUGCUGCUAUUGUUGUUGCUGUUGAUAAUGAAUCUAAGAUUAUCUCUGUUACUCUUACCAAAGCUUUGCCUCCUAUCCAUUUUUAUGCCUCUGCUAAGUGGCAAUACAUGUCUGCUUUCAAGUACUUUGUCGUGUCGAAUUGCAUCGCAUGUGGAUAUGCUGCAGUAUCAUUGGUGUACUCAAUGACGACCAAGGGUUACAAAGACGAUCCAACGAGAUCCAUGUUGCUGAUAUCCCUUGAUCUGAUUAUGGUGGGUCUAUUGUUCUCAGCCGAUGGGGCAGCUGCGGCCAUUGGAGUCAUUGGUCGGGAUGGAAACUCACAUAUGCAUUGGAUAAAAGUCUGUGGUUUCUUUGAAGGUUAUUGUCAUCACUUCACAGCUGCACUUGUAAUCUCCAUUGCUGGUUCUGUCAUGUUUCUUUGUUUGGUUGUGCUUUCUGUUCUUAAACUUUACAAGAAUUGAAAUUAGGAGAUUGAAUGCUUUUGUUUUGUUGGUAGGGAGUUAUUGGAUUUGGAUUCAAACUAGAGUGCAAAGAAUUGUAUGGUUUAAAAGUAAAUAUACUCCUUUUGGCUGGUUGGUGCAUUUCAUUAAUUGCUGUUA